AUGUCCUUCACUGACAAUGAUAUGUGUGAUCAAGUGGCCGUCAUCGCCUACGAUCUGGACUCUGCCCUCAACACAGUGCCUUCCGGUCUCCAGACUCUUCUGGAACAAAACUACCCGCUCUCCAUGCUGAAGGAAGAGAAGAUCGAGGAGUUGGUUACCAGAUACAUUCAUUGUCCACAAGUCGGAAAUAUGGCGCGAAGAGUGAUUGGAAAGAUCAAUAGUAUGGAACAGAAGGGGUCAAUGAAAGCGAAUGAGAAGAGCCGUAAGCGUGGUUGGAGUAUGGAAUCAUUUUCGUCUAGUGGAUCUUCUACAAAUUCCACCGAACCGAUUUCCAAGCCGAAGAAUUCUCAACCAGUGCCAAGCAAUAUGACUGGAUCGUCUUCUUGCCUGCCAUCCAUACAUCCAACUUCUGUUCAACAUGAAAAGAAUUUCGUACGUCGUGUCACUCCUUCUGAAUCUCGUAACACCAUGAUGCAAAAAAGAACUGAUCUCGUCCUCAACUCAAAGAGAACGUCAUCCUAUUCGCCGCCUUCGUAUGACGAACUGAUGGGACUGAUUGCCUCCAAAAGAACGAAUCCAGCGAAGUUUGUGCCAAGAUCGAAACCAGUGACCACCACGUCUUCAUCUAACUUCAAGAAUGCUCCAACUUCCGCUCCAACCAAAACAUCGCCAGAAGUGAAAAAAACAGAGAAAGAUCGAAUGGAGAGAAUGAUGAGGGUACGACGUGAAGUGAAGAAAGAGGCCGAAAAGAAAGCAGAAGAAGGAGUGAAGAGUGUCAAGCAGAUGUUGAUGGAGGCUCGAAACCAAAGAAUCGCUGAAGCUCAAAAAGCAAAAUCCAGUGGAUUGUGGGAGGAGCUAGAGCAGCCAAAAGCCAAGAGAGGACGUUACCAGACCAAGUACCGUUAA